CGGCGACGCCGUUGUUGUUACUGUUAAAGCGUAGAUGGUGCAGUGUGUUACCACUUUGUACGGAUAAUAAAGGAGAUCCAAUAAGGAGUAAAUAUCUGACGACAAGUUAAAACAAAGGGCGAUUUCAUUUUAGUGAAUUUGGGAUUUGGGCUCGCCAUGGCUCCUGGAGGCAGUGCUUUGAAAGAAGUCAUGGAAUCUAAUUCAACGGGAAUGGAUUACGAGGUUAAAACGGCAAAAGUUGAAGUUAAUAAUAACAAACCUACAAAACCAGGGAGUGCAGGGAUUGGAAAAUAUGGGAUCCAUUCGAACAAUGGUGUUUAUGAGCUUCUUGAAUGUCCCGUGUGUACAAAUUUAAUGUACCCUCCAAUUCAUCAGUGUCCAAAUGGCCACACAUUAUGUUCAAACUGCAAAGUGAGAGUGCAGAACACAUGCCCUACAUGUCGCUAUGAGCUUGGUAAUAUAAGAUGCUUAGCUCUUGAGAAAGUUGCAGAGUCUUUGGAAGUUCCAUGCCGGUACCAAAAUUUGGGGUGUCAUGACAUUUUUCCUUACUACAGCAAGCUUAAGCACGAGCAGCAUUGCAGGUUUAGGCCUUACACUUGUCCUUAUGCUGGUUCUGAGUGCUCGGUUACAGGUGAUAUCCCCACACUUGUUGUUCAUCUCAAAGAUGAUCAUAAAGUCGAUAUGCAUGACGGAUGCACCUUCAACCACCGAUAUGUAAAGUCAAAUCCACAUGAAGUCGAAAAUGCUACAUGGAUGCUUACGGUGUUCAACUGUUUCGGGAGACAGUUCUGUUUACACUUUGAGGCGUUCCAGCUGGGAAUGGCUCCAGUGUACAUGGCAUUCCUUCGUUUCAUGGGAGAUGAGAACGAGGCGAAGAAGUUCAGUUACAGCUUGGAAGUAGGAGCUCAUGGACGUAAAUUAACAUGGCAAGGGAUCCCUAGAAGCAUCCGUGACAGUCACAGGAAAGUGCGGGACAGUCAAGACGGACUCAUCAUCCCAAGAAACCUCGCACUCUACUUCUCUGGAGGUGAUAGGCAAGAACUCAAGUUGAGAGUGACCGGGCGAAUCUGGAAAGAGGAGUAAAGCAAAACGAAGAAAAGAAGGAACUGAUUGAAAAAUGAUGUACAUAAGAAGAAGCCUCGUGGAGAGCUAAUGAUCAUAUGGAAGAUUUGAAGUUUGUUGUCUGGUUUUAGUGUGGUAUAAUGGAGUCUUCUCCAAUGGGAAUGAAGAUGAGAUGAUGAUGAUGACAAAUCUUCUAUGAUGAAUCAGUUUGGAGGAGCCAUUGUUACUAUUUGUGGCUGCAAGAACUAUAUUAUCUCUGUAUUUUUUCUUUUUUUGUUGGGUUUCUUUUUUUGUGGUUUCAGAGAAUGUAGGAAAAAGUAAGACAUGAUUUUGGCUAUGUUCUUGUUGUAAAACCAAGUUCAAAAAAGAUUGGUGCACUUUUUUUCUGUUCACAAUGGUGAUUUUUAGACUCUUUAAUAGCAGUAGUAGUAUCUUAAAUUCGAUUCAGUUUAGGUGUUUCAGCUUAUAGAUAUUGAGGAGGAAUGUAACAACAUUGCCUGUCUGUAAGCACUUCAGUUUCACUAUUCCAUCUUACUCUGAUGGAAAAUCAACCUUCUUCAGAUGAAUCAGCAGAAACAAAACCUGUAUAUGUGAUUCUUGCUUGGAAACAGAGCUGAAAUCUAGGGAUUAUAUGCAUGAUGGAAUGAUUACUCUUGAAACAAGUGAGAUUAUAUCAGGUAGUACUCAUGAAUCUCAUGAGCAUUCAGAAUUCUCAGAUCCAUUUGAUAUCAGGAAGCAGAACUCAGAAGUGUGGAAAUAGACAAGAGUGUUUCAACAAGUUUGUAAAAGCUUGAUUGGAUCCUUUUACUUUUUGAUAAAAAUGUCUUAUAACU